UCUGAUUCAUUAAUCAUUGCUCGUCUGAAUGUGUGUGUGAUGGAGGUGUUUGGGUGAACUGAGCCGACAGGACAAAGAUCAGAAACACACACCGAGAGAAAGAAAGAUCUGCAGGAAUCAUGAAGGUCCUCAGUGUUUUCUUCUUCAUGUAUCUUCUGCUCCAGACCACCAGUUUGGAGGAGGAACAAGAGUCUUGGUCACAUACAAAUCCAACGGAAAAAACAGAUACAGACUUGAUGCAAAAACAAGAGUUGGGAAACCAAAGUGGGAAAACAGAACCAGACUUGGAUCAGAAAACUGAAGAAAAUGGACCAUUAAACUCUGAACCAAUAGCAAACCAAACAGAAUCAGAUGUUGUACCAUCGGCAUCUCCAGAACCCAAAACUUUACCAAAACCAAAAGAAUCCAGGCGUGACUCUGAGUCCCAAUCUGAUUCAAAUCCCAAAGUUCCAAAAGAACGUGAUGAGGAUUUCUUGGGUGCAGCCCAAUGUCUGAAUCAGAAAUACACAUGGCAGUCUUGCUCUAAAGUGUUUUGUCCUCCGUGGAGGCGAUGCAUCGAAGGACAGUGUGUCUGUAAGAUGCCUUACAAAUGUCCACGGCAGCAGAACACCUGUACUCAGGAAGGACCCGUGUAUUACUCCAUGUGUCAGGCCAACGCCAUCUCCUGCAGAACCAAGACGCCCAUUUUCUCACACUUCAGCCCAUCCUGCAAAGCGACAGACAAGGUGUAUGUAACUGUGAGUGUCUCUGACUCUAAGAACGUGGUCGAGAUAAACACACAUUUGGGGAAAAUGCUGGUAUGUGGCAAAGGCUGGAAUAUGGCUGCAGCAAAUGUGGUUUGUCGAAACCCUCUGAAAGUCGAAAGAGGAGCAGAGAAGGCGGAUACUAUCGAAUAUAAAUCUCUUAACAAAGAUACUCAAUGGCCACGUCAGUGUAUGAGGGUUCGCUGCAUGGGAUAUGAGCUCUCAUUGGCUGAGUGUAGGAUCCAUAAUCCAGAGGAAAUCACAGAAGGCACUACGGUGGCCGUCGCAAAGUGCUAUGAGGAACCUCAAGCCGACUGUAAGAAGUUCAUGUGUGCGAACGGGAAGUGUUUAUCCAGUGGAAAACCCUGCAAUGGUGUUGAUGACUGUGGAGACAACAGUGACGAGAUGUGCUGCCAAAAAUGUCGAGGCCAGAGUUUCCUCUGUAAAUCGGGUGUCUGUAUUCCCCGUUCUGCCAUCAAAGAUGGAAUCAGGGACUGUCUGGGAGGAGAUGAUGAACACACUGAAGACAAAGUAACAACACCAAAAAAAAAAGAAGAAUUGUUUUCCGAUCCAAUGUCAGAGAUCAAAACCAUCCGCUCGACUGCAGAGGACCAGCUGCAGUGCGGCAUUCCCAAUAAGGAGUAUGUGUACAAACAGGAGGACGAUAAGACUUCCCAUUCGCGCAAGAAGCGCUUAGUAGGAGGGGAAGAGGCUUUACCGACCCAGAUACAGUGGCAGGUGGCCAUUCAGGAUGAAGGUUCGAUCCACUGCGGAGGGGCGUAUUUGGGCGGCUGCUGGGUUUUGACCGCCGCCCACUGUGUCAGGCCUAAACCGAGGUCCUUCCGAAUCAAAUUCUCUCUCUGGAUGAAGCAUCGUAAGCAGUCGACAACGGACAGCAUCCCAGUAAAGAACAUCAUCAUCCAUCAUAAAUAUAACCCUCAAACCUACGAGAACGACAUCGCUUUGGUGCAGCUGGAGGAGCUGAAUCUUUCAGACAAGUGCAUGCAGGACAAUCCCGCGGUCCGAGCCGUCUGCGUGCCCUGGUCAACCCAACAGUUCCAGCCCAAUGACACCUGCACCAUCUCCGGCUGGGGCCGCGACAGAGAGGGGAUAUCAGCCGCGAUUCUAAAAUGGGCAAAUGUGACGAUUAUCAGCGACUGCCAGAGUUAUUACAAGGACCGUUUCCUUCCUGGAAUGGAGUGUGCAGGUGACCUGGAGGGGAAGGUGGACUCGUGUCAGGGUGACUCUGGAGGGCCGCUGGUGUGCACAGACGCGUCUGGUUUGUCGUACGUGUGGGGAAUAGUGAGCUGGGGUGAUAAAUGUGGCGAACCCAAUCAUCCUGGCGUUUACACUAAAGUGGCGCACUAUUUCGACUGGAUCCGCUUCAACACCGGCUGGCCGGCCGUUACCAAAUUUAACCAGUGAAAUGAAGCAACAGACCAGUUCAAACUCGCUGAUUGAUGUUACUUUAUGUGCUAUUUGUAUGUUGCUAUUAAAAUGCUGAUUAUCAAGCAAUUUAAAA